GUAAUGGAGAGUGAAGAGUUCAUGCUGCUUCCUGCCAACCAGCUCAUCGACAUCAUAUCCACCGAUGAGCUAAACGUGCGCAGCGAGGAGCAGGUGUACAGCGCCGUCAUCGCCUGGGUCAAAUACAACAUCCAGGAGCGCCGGCCACAGCUACCCCAGGUGCUGCAACACGUCCGUCUGCCCCUGCUCACACCCAAGUUCCUGGUGGGCACAGUGGGGACGGACCUUCUGGUGAAGAGUGACGAGGCAUGCAGAGACCUCGUGGAUGAAGCCAAGAACUAUUUGCUUCUGCCCCAAGAAAGACCACUCAUGCAGGGCCCCCGCACGAAACCCCGCAAGCCCAUCCGCUGCGGGGAAGUGCUCUUCGCAGUGGGUGGCUGGUGCAGCGGCGACGCCUUCUCCAGCGUGGAGCGCUACGACCCGCAGACCAACGAGUGGCGCAUGGUGGCCUCCAUGAGUAAGCGGCGCUGCGGCGUGGGGGUGGCCGUGCUCGAUGACCUCCUCUAUGCCGUGGGCGGCGAUGCAUCCUCCUACCUCAACAGUGUGGAGCGCUACGACCCCAAGACGAACCAGUGGAGCAGCGACGUGGCGCCCAUCAGCACGUGCCGCUCCUGCGUCGGCGUGGCUGUGCUCGCCGGAUUCCUGUACGCCGUCGGCGGGAAGGACGGAGUGAACUGCCUAAAUAUUGUCGAGAGAUAUGACCCCAAGGAGAACAAGUGGAGCCGGGUAGCAUCUAUGAGCACGCGGAGACUCGGGAUGGCUGUGGCUGUCCUCGGGGGACACCUGUAUGCAGUCGGGGGCUUUGACGGGACAUCGCCUCUCGACACUGUGGAGCGAUACAGCCCCGCCGAUAACCGGUGGGCGCCGGUGCCGCCAAUGGGCACUGGGCGCGAGUACCCGGGCUGCGCUGUUUACCAGGACUGCCUGUACGCGGUGGGUGGACACGACGACACCACCGAGCUGAGCUCGGCGGAGCGCUACUGCCCCCGCGAAAACACGUGGAGCCCGAUCGCCGCCAUGAACACGUGUCGGAACGCAGUGGGCCUAGCCGUGGUGAAUGGACAGCUCAUAGCCGUCGGAGGGUUUGAUGGAACCACCUACCUCAAAACCAUCGAGGUGUACGACGCAGAGGCCAACACGUGGAGGUUGUGUGGAGCCAUGAACUACCGCCGCUUUGGAUUAGGGGUUGGAGUGGUUAAAAUGACGCAGUGUGAAUCGCACAUUUGGUAG